GACUGCCAGGAAUAUCCUCACUCUUUCCUCUUCAGCCGGUGCUUCUACUGCUUCAAAUUCCCCUUCUGCUGAGAAGAGUAUCGUUUCCAGGCUAGGUGAAAAGUGGGCUUGGAAUUAACGAGGCAAACCUCAUUUUAACUUUUCCACACAACUGACAAGACUCAUUGUCAACGGAAAUCUAACAAUCUCAAAAAAUUCUUCAAGUGUUAUAAUGACGAAGAAAUAAGACUUUGUGAAAGCCAAGAAUCAUCAUUUGAUUAACAAGGAAGUGAGUGGUUCGAUUCAACAGUGACAAACAUUUGGACAAAAGCUAUUAUAAGUUAUUUUCCCUUGGCCCACAAUUUACUCAGGUUUUGAACAGAAACUCGUUAUAAUUUUUAACAGUGCGAGGGAAUAUCGGUGAUGUCUCGUGUAGCGUGAAUUUACAAAGUUUUGUCGCUCUAAUUGGCUGGAGAGAAAUUGGGAAGGGGAAACCUCGAGUGAGAAAAGUGCAACUUUUUCGCGUAUGUAUGGAUCUUGGAAUUUAGAAAUCUGAAUUUUGAUUCGCACCAGGUUGGUUGCUGCUGAAUCGUGAUUGAUUGUAAAAGUGGGAAUCAAGAAAUCGAGGCAACAAAAUCAAAACACAAUCAUCUUCCCGGAAGUUGGUUGGUUGGGGAGGAGGAGGAGGUGAAAGCACGUUUUGAAUAAACAUGAGCUGAGCAGGGAGAGGGUGAAGCGAGUCCAACGUGAAACACUACCCCGAAGACUCUGCCAACUCCUCUUUUCCCAACACCGGAUGCAAAUCGAGCAAAUCGAAUCGGACAAAUCCAAAGGAUAAACAACAACUCGAGCGUUAUCCAAACGUUUGAAUUUGGAUUUGAAUGCGGAAUUUGGACGUAGAAUCGGGCCAAUCUAAUUUGCACUUCAGAUCAAACUUCCAAACGAGACUUCCUUCUCACACCAUCCAUCCAGCCACUCAGCUAGCGCAGAAAACUCUCUCUGCCUCCCAUCCGAAACUCAUUUGAUCCCAGUUGUGCUUGAUUUCUUAAUCAUUGUUCCCCUAAUUUUGAGCAAGUCUACAAAAAUUAAGAAAACUUUUAAAACUGAGCGAAAGCAAAUUGAGCAUGAGUGAUGCUCCUUCAAGAUUUAAAAAAGAGAAGCAAAUUGACAGAACUCAUCAACAAGCAUUCAUUUCGAGAGACAAUUUCGCACAAAAGUCUGAACUGGGUCAUCCACACUGUGAACGAGUCGACCAACAACUUGCACACUCAGCAGCAAAUUCACUGGAAUUUGGAUCAGUGAGUGAAAGCAAACUUUGCGAUUGUACGUUGUUGUCAAUUCCCACUCACUGGCGGAAGUUGGGAGCGAGGGAGCAUUGUUCAAGUUGAACUUGGUUGGUGUGUGCAAAUCAAUCUUUGGCUGUCUCGUUGUCUUUGGAUGGAGGAAAGUAAGUGGCAUCUCAUCUUUCAAUCCACCAAUUUCCAAUCUCAACUCAACCCAUGACGAAUGUCUCGUCCUCACUUGUCGAGGGUCUCGUGUCAAAGGAUCACUGCGGGAGCUCAAGUAUUCUCUAUUGGCUAACUCGGAAUGCGAGCCAACAGAGAAACCGGAAACUGAGCCGUGCUCCAUAAGCAGAUUUCCUCUUGCAUUGCUCAGGAUUUCGUGUUGAGUGAAAAAUAAUUAAAAAAUAACUUGAAUAAUAGCUUCGAAAACGUUGACUAUGCCAAAUGCAGAUUAUCCAGCUCAAUAUCCAUUUAAAUACGUACUCGAACGGUUGUGCAUGUGAAAUUGUGAAUGGCAGAGGUUGUCCAACGUGACACUCACUGUGAAAGAGUUACGUUAAUACGGAGUGUAAAAGUGGGGAAAUUGAGACUAUAAAUACUUUGCUGUUGCUGCUGUCUUGGUGAAAUAUCUCCACUUGGCUGGGACAGGAGAGGAGCCGCGGUGGUGGAAUCUCUCUCUCGCCCAAGAGAACCUCAAGAGAUGAAAGGAUGAAAUUUCUCCAGCUCUCACUUCCGUUUCUCCUCUGGGUCUGCCAUUAUAAAACAUAAUAAUAGCAGACGCACAAUCACACCACCACCACCACCACCGCCAGAUCAAAAUUGUUGAAUGUGGAGGAUUAUGCUGAGAAGUCGGUCCGAGAACUCUUCUGCCCAAGCUUCUCUGCACAUUGUGAUUGUGGCUGCGUGGAUGUGUGGGUAAAAACCAAUCUUGUUGAAACCUCGAGCUGAGAGUCCACCAACUUUGGAAAUAGGAGAGAAGAAUACAACGAAGAAGAGACCCAAAUCCCAGGAAGACCAACGACUCCAGAAAAGACACCUCUGAAAAGAUCUCGCACCAUCCAACAUCCCGCAUAACACAUAACAAACUCCAACUUCAACGGUUAUCUUCCGUGUAUUAUUAUAUUAGUCCGACCGACGGAGCAAGAAGAGAGAGGAGAAAGUGAAGUGAUUUCAGAAUUCUGAGAAAACUUUCUCUUUAGAAUUUAGUGGUGAAUCCGAAAUGGGAAAACUUGUUGUACUUUUGGACCUCGGUAUGAGGAAGACUUGUUCAAAAAGUGGCCACGCGUGGUCGUCCACAACCACUCUCCUCAUCCUUCUUCUCCUCAUGGCAAUCUGCUGCGUGGGAAAUCAUGGGAGCGAGGUGCGAGGGGGGACGUACAAGGAAGUCGUCGCCACCCACCCCGUCGCCUCCCCCCUCAAACAGUCCGGCGAGGACGGCGUCUCCGUGGGCAUCGUCAACGGAGGAAAACCAGGCAUCGAGUCGUACGGAAACGUCACCGUCCUUGCAGGCCAACGGGGAGAGCUCAAGUGUCGCACCUUCAAUCUAGCCAAUUACACGGUCUUGUGGCUCAGACAUCGGGACACGCAUUUGCUCUCCGCCGGCUCAGAGACGUACACAGCAGAGUCCAGAUUUCGCCCAUUUCAACACAUGUACACCUGGGGACUCCGCAUCAGUGACAGCCGGCCCGUGGAUGGGGGCAUCUACGAGUGUCAGAUUUCCACUACCCCGCCCAUUUCCGCUUUUACCUACCUCAACGUCGUUGAGCCAGUGACCCACAUAGAAGGACUGAAUGGGAGAGGAUCGGAGCUUUUCUUGAAGGCCGGAAGCACCAUAAAUCUCACCUGCAUCGUAGAAGAUGCCACUGACAAUGCCCCAAAACAUAUUCUGUGGAAACACAACUCUAGGAUAGUGAACUUUGAGUGGAAUCGUGGAGGGAUGAGUUUGAUUACGGAGAAGAAGUCACGUGGCGUCACCGUGUCGAGGCUCCUCAUCCAGAAAGCAGCGAGAACUGAUAGUGGGACCUAUUUCUGCUUACCGCAAAACGCUCAUCCAGCCUCAGUAAAAAUACACGUUUUGAUACAAGGUGAGAAACAGGCGGCCAUGCACUCGGCCUCGUCGACCUCGAAGCGAGCUUACGUAAUCACGAUGGCACUUCUGCUCCACUUUCUUCUCGCCAAUGCAUUUCACCACCAAGUCUUCGCUCACCUUUCCCCCCGGCUCACUCGAACUGCAACUGAUGCACCCUCCACAACCACGUCAACUCAACAAUCCAACCUUCAAGAACUAAGCAGGGAACGUCAACCCAUGUCAAAAUCAUGCCGUGCAGGCCGUCGCGAAAUGUUAGCUCAUCAAAAAUUGUCAGCCCGUGCAGAGCCCUGCCUUUGAGCGGGGUGUCCAUUGCACGCAAACUGCUUUCUCCUCCUUAAUGCUACUCGAAAAAAGAGCAAUCUCAAGAAUUGCGACUUUAUUUACACACUUUUACUUAAUCCCUCUAUCUUAAUUGGAUAUAAAUACAUAAUCUGACUGGAGCAGUGGCUCCGUACGUACGUACAUUAAAUGUGGAUCGGAUUUGGUGUGCGUGCUCGUGACUUAUCGCAAUGUAAUAAGUGUCUCACAAACACACAGUGACUGAUGAAGAAGAAAGAUUAAACUCGUGAAUUAAACAAAGAGAGCUAAGCCCUAUGUACAUACAUAAACUGCACGAAAAUAGCAAAGAAAAUUAAACCAGGAUUUUCAAUAUCUUUGUGAAAAUCAUCAUCAACCGCAACGGAUAUGACAGGAUAAACAGAACAAGGAAUUGUACGAGUCGUGUGCGUGGUCCCCUCCGUGAAUGUGGCAAGAGUGGAUUGGGCGUGGAAGGGUGAUUACAAUAACUUUCGUCGGCCUCUGGACCUCUGGACUUUCACCAGAGGAACCCUCAUAUCACGACUGAAAGCGGCUUUAAAAAUAGGAAUAGAAAUAAGUGAAAGCGCAAAGAAUCCAAUGCCACCACAAACUUGUUCCGUGACUCCUUUCACCACCGCCAAGAGAACAAACAUGGAUCGGGGACAUGAAGAACAGGGCGAGGACUGCGAACGAUCGCUCCGAUCGGAUUACCCAUUUCCAAGUUGAGACUUUGAUUCUUUUGAUGCGAUCAAGGAUAGAACACAGCACAAAAAUUGAUAUUCAAUCUCGACUGAUUUCUGCAAAUCCGUCGGAUUUCCCCCAUGCUGGGCCUCAUGCAUGCAGUCACUCAUGUGUGAGUGGGUUGAAACCAAAGGCAGGCAGGGAGACGAUUGAGUAAGAUCCCGAAAUUUAUGUGCAAGCCAAUGUAAUCAAUAUUUGUGCCGUACCAAUUCCCCUCCAAAGGCUGUUCUCCAAAGGAGUGGGAAGGGUUUGGCCAUGUGUACAGGUCAUGUGUGAGUGGAUGGACCACUUUUCGAGAUUUCCUCGGCUCACAUAAGCACACAGAACCCACAACAACGGUUGCCUGCUCCUUUGAUUUUUCUGAAUUAUCAAUGCAACAACCUUCGUCUAAUGAAUACAUAUGUACUUCCAUACCUUGAUCAAAUCAAAGGAAAAACUAAUCAGGCUCACUUUUUACUAGUUACUACUACACAUUCCAAUUCCGCCAGUUGCAUAAUACAGCCUUCCUUUAAGGUUGGGAAAAUUUCUACGAGAAUCCGUCACUGUUUCAUGAAGGUACUCAUCCUCAGAUGGAAGGGAAAGGAAAAGGAAGCCGUUUCCAGAAAAGAAACGCUACACAGAAAUCCUUCGUAUUUUUCUUGAAUAUUUUUUUAUAAGGAAUUUUCCGUUACAUGUAAAUUUUUCAUCCAUGUACUCCUGAUACUUGUAUAUAUCUAUUUUACUAGUUAUGUAAGUAAUAAGUCGUUUCCUGCCCUAUUAUCAUAAUAUUUGACAUGCAUAUUUUAUUGGGAUAAGAUUUACUUAACUACCACUAUUAGUCUUGUAGUUAGUUAGUAAUUAGCAAACUGCCAAUGUUGACUACCUCAGCAGCAUCACACACACGGAAAACGAGGUACUAAUGAUUUUGUUUCGAGAGUAAUUGAAGCGUGCUCCCAUUUGAUAAAUAAAGUUAUACAAGGAUGAUUUUCACGAUAUUCAGACAACAUUUAGUUUAUGCCUACUCACAUCGAAAUUCCUUUGAAAGAAACUUCUCCGUGGGAAGUGUUUACGUCAGGCGGACUUGUUAUUUCAAAAAUUUACAAAUUUCUGCUGAUUUUGCGAGUUCUGGGAGAUCGAGAAAGGAUACAUUUCACAAAUGUCAGACUUAUUAAAGUGUUUGUUCAGACGAGGCGAGGCUGACAAUCACAACUAAAAAUGUGUAAGUGGUUUAUACUUGUUUACUCGAAGGAUCCUUUUCCUCCCCCAUUUAUUCCCCGGACUUGGCUCCUCGUCCUCGUGUACUUGGUCGUUCCUUUGAGCGGAAGUUCAAAGGAAGAAUUUCCUUAAUGUUAGAUAACGUGUAGCUACAUGCGUACAUAUUUAGAGGCUCGGUUUUAUUGACGUAAAAUAAAUAAGGAAUUCAUUUCAUGUCUGGCUCAUUGACUUUGAAAAGUUAUCAUUCCUCCUACUUCGAGAAUCCCAACUAUGUAAUUGUAGAACCUCUAUAAAUAUUGUGUCUCCAUAUAAAUAUGUAUGUACCCAUUACAUGUACCCUAAUCUUUAAUUAAUAUAGCAUUAACUAAUAAAGUUAAUAAUAAAUAUAUAUCCAACAAUUAACUAACAAUACGUAAGUACCACCAAACAUUGUCAGUUAUACAAAUAUAACACCUCGUCAAUCGCAAAUCUUACUUACUGAUCAUUUUUAUAAGAAAGAAAAAUUGCCAUAAAAAGUAUAAUGGUUAUGCAAUCCAUGCUACCGUAAAUAAAUGUUAGGAUUACCUCGUGUAUAAUAAAUCAGGCAUGAUAUUCUAUUAUGCAAGUUAACCGAGUUGUAUCACAAAACAAACCCUUAGGAUAAAAACGACUGGGUAAUAUUCAAUUGUAUAAGUAUUUAUGUAUAAAUAAGUAUCAUGUUAAUACAUAAAUAGAUUUACCCAUGAUUGUGCUGCAAGGACGUUACUAAUCUAAGUAUGUUUAGCAAAGUAUAUAUGCGUAAUUAAGGCGUGGAGUGUGAGACGACGGGUGCAAUCUUAUUUCGGAAUUAGCACGUAAGACCCAAUGAUAUAUUGCGUGUAGAAGAAAGUUCUCAGAAUAAAUCUGCCAUGCUAAAGCGGAUCCCUAUCGAAUGAAAACUAAAUAAAUCUUGAUUGAAUAUUCCUUCGUAUCACUACAAAGUAUAAUAAAAAACAAUAAAUCAUUCAACUUUUA